CGACAAUGGCAACUUACUCCAAUCCCCAUUGGUUGCUGUGUCACAUACGAAAUUCAUUUAUAUCCACCGAUGAUACAGGAAUGUGUGAGACUGUUAUGGUUAGUGAUGAUCUGCCCAAGCAUUACCUCAAAAAGUUUCAGGGCAAUGGAACACGUAAUUUCCAACAGCAACAACAACGACGUUCCUUGAUUGCUGGUCAACAACCUCCACAGCCGGUGCAUCAUCGUAAUUAUGAUCCACCACUGCAGGAGGUUGAUUUCAUAUGUUAUCCUGGUCUGGAUCAAAGUGAUGAUGAGGACGUGGACUUGACAGCUCAGUCCUUCGAUAUACAAAUGUAUCCAGAAGUGGGAGCUCAUCGUUUUCGUUCGAAUACGGCACAGAAAUUGGAAGAAAUGGAUAGGGCUCGACGUAAUGCGGCCCAAACCAAACGGGUUAACUAUGAAGAUGAUGUUGUAAAGCCGGAGAGUAAUGAUUUCUUUCAACGGAAGCCUGUAAAAGCUCAGCCACCAUUGGAUGCGGGUAAAGACGGAGAGGGGGAUAAUAAAUUGAAAAGUAAAUUGUCGCUGAAAUUGGCAAAUAGUCCAAAACAUGUGGAAAAUAAAUUCCAAAAAUAUGCUGAAUUUGAUGGCACAUCACAGAUUGGGGUGCCCGUCAAGACCAUAAAGAUUUUUAUUAGCAUGUUGCCGGAGAAGGAGAAAAACUAUCCAUUGAAAAUAUGUGUAUUGUCCCAUGCAAAGAUAUAUCAGGUCAUUGGUUUGGUGUGUUAUAAAGCCUCCAUAGAAUUUCCGGAUUUACCUUUGAAAUCGGUACGCCACUAUGGACUGUAUAUGACUGAAGAUAAUGAUGAUCUGGAGGAAUUUCCCCCACUGGAUAAUGAUGAACCAUUUUCCAAAUUUGGUUUCUCUCACCUAACAUUGGCCGAAAGGAAAAAUGUACCCCCUGCAACGGGUCCCACCAAAUCGAUGACAUCUGAAGAUGAUAAGGCCCGCUUGGCUGCAUUGGCUGUGAAUUCACAUAAUAACAGUACAGCUGAUGCCGAUGAUAGAGAUGAUGUUGAUGGUGGUCCCAAUAGCACCGGCAUUGAUGGCCGUGUUGAUGAUUUGGAGGAGCGUAUUCUAAGUCAAGAUGAUAUGUUGGAGGCCCCUGUUUAUCGCACCUAUACCCUCAAUAUUAUCGAUAAGAAAUUCUUUAAAACUGAAGUCAUUUUGGGUAUAUCCGGUGAACGCAUUGAAAUCGAUCAACAUAAACAUGGUAAAUUCUGGACAAAACAGAGAGCUGUUACCUAUCCCAUUGAUGCUGUGGCACAUUGUGAAAUUGUCGAGAAGCGUACAAUGAAAGCUGUGUUACGUAUAUGGUUGAAAUCUGCCUCCGCCAUUAACACGGCUAACUUGAAUGAUGGCAAAACUGGCGGAGGAUUAAGUGUUACCGCCCAUUCACCCACAAGUCCUGGACAUUAUCCACAUUUUUCAUCACCAUUUAAUUUCCUCGGCAGUUCAUCGAAUGCGGCAAGUUCAUCCGCCGCCCAUCCCACCUCAUCAUCGUCAUCAUCAUCAACACAAAGUAUACGUUUUAAACAUUAUGAUUUUGAAACGACACUGCCAACAGCUGAACAAAUUUACAAAAAACUUAAUUGUAUCCUGGAGAUGACUUCGUCCGAGGUACGACGUGAAUUCCUUAGCAUAAAACAGCGUAAAUUGGAAAAGAGUCAAGCUAAGAAGCAUCUUAAAUUGUAGUAUCUAAAAAAUUUCUAUAUGCAAUGUUAUCGUUAUCUGUUGCAUUCCUGUGUGACGGGAAAAUGUAAUGAUAUA